GUGACAUAUUUGUGUAUUCGCGUUUCGCGGGCAAAAGUAAAAAGUUCCCUCGCAUUUUACUUCAUUUGUCGACAAGUCGUUCGGUUUUUAGCAUAUCAAAUUUUAUUUAUUUCUAGUGUCUAGAAUUUAAUAAAACAAGUAAACAUGUUUGAAGCUCGUUUAACACAAAGUGCUAUCUUCAAAAAAGUUUUGGAUGCAAUCAAAGAUCUUUUAAAUGAAGCUUCUUUUGAUUGCUCCGAGUCGGGUAUACAACUUCAAGCUAUGGAUAAUUCUCACGUUUCUCUUGUGUCUUUAACUUUGAAAUCCGAUGGGUUCGACAAAUACAGAUGCGAUAGAAAUCUUACUAUGGGCAUGAACUUGGCAAGUAUGUCCAAGAUCUUCAAAUGUUCAAGUAAUGAUGAUACAGUGACAAUUAAAGCACAAGAUGAUGCAGAUACUGUAACUUUCAUGUUUGAAGCUAAGAAACAAGAUAAAAUAUCUGAUUAUGAAAUGAAACUAAUGAAUCUGGAUCAAGAACACUUAGGAAUACCAGAAACUGAAUUUUCUUGUGUGAUUAAAAUGCCUUCUGGAGAAUUUGCAAGAAUUGUAAAAGAUUUAUCCCAAUUUGGAGAGUCUAUAGUAAUUUCUUGUACCAAAGAAGGUGUUAAAUUCUCUACUUCAGGUGAUAUUGGAAGUGCUAAUGUUAAAAUUGCCCAAACCAGCAACUUUGACAAAGAAGAGGAAUGUGUUAGCAUAGAUAUGCAAGAGCCUGUUACUCUCACAUUUGCUUGUCAAUAUUUAAAUUCCUUUACCAAAGCGACUCCUCUCACACCUGUUGUGCAGCUUUCUAUGUCUGACAAUGUACCACUUGUAGUAGAAUAUCAAAUACCAGAUCUGGGACACUUAAGAUAUUACCUAGCACCCAAAAUUGAAGAAGAUGAAAAUUAAAUAUUAGAACAAUAAGAUUUUAAUUAUUUUAGUGCCUUACAUUUAGUAUCAUUCAUAUUUUUUUUAAACAUCUCCCUCUAUAUAUAUUGUAUGGUAAUUGUAGAUAGGUUACAAGCUAAGUUAUUUUAUAAUAA